CAUCACCUGUCAAGAAUGGAGAAACUGAAGAAGAACCAAAYAUGGAGCCAACAACUGAACAACAUGAACAACCUGCAGAAAAAACUGAAUCCACUGAUGGUGUCACUGCUAAUGAACAAGAGAAGAUUCAAGACAUUGAACAAACACAAGGCUAUGACCAAGCUCAAGACAGUGACCACAAGACACAAGACAAAACCCAAACACAAGAGAAUGGAGAAGUAGUCCAGGAAAAAGCUAACUCCAAAGAAGCUCCUUCUCUAGACACGUCAUCUGUUACUAAUGCAGUGCAAGAAGACUCAGAGCAUGGCGAUGAUCAUGAGGAAGUGAAGUCUGUUAAUUCUGUCGARGGAAGUAAUUCAUCAACAUCAAUUGGUGGACAACAACCUGGUCCUGUUAAGUUUUCUCAUGUGACUCAGAAAGAUGCGUUUUUGGUGUUCAGAUCACUUUGUAAGCUGUCUAUGAAACCACUAGCGGAUGGACCUCUUGACCCAAAGUCACAUGAGUUGAGAUCGAAAAUCCURUCCCUGGAACUGCUGCUYUCYUGCUUACAAAAUGCUGGUCCUGUAUUCCGUGACCAUGAGAUGUUCAUCACGGCUAUCAAGCAGUAUUUAUGUGUAGCUUUGUCCAAGAAUGGAGUGUCAUCUGUGCCAUCAGUCUUUGAGCUUUCACUUGCCAUAUUUCUCACUCUGUUGUCUUCAUUCAAGACUCAUUUGAAAAUGCAAAUUGAGGUAUUCUUCAAAGAAAUCUUCCUAAACAUCCUUGAAACACACACCAGUUCAUUCCAACAUAAAUGGAUGGUGAUGCAAGCUUUAACCAGGAUCUGUUCUGAUGCACAGUGUGUUGUUGACAUCUACUUGAACUAUGAUUGUGACAUGUCUUUGUCUAAUAUAUUUGAGAGGUUGACUGGUGACUUGUCUAAAAUAGCUCAAGGUAGACAGGCUAUUGAGCUUGGAGCUACUCCAGCACAAGAAAGAAGCAUGCGUCUAAAGGGUCUAGAGUGUCUUGUGUCAAUAUUAAAGUGUAUGGUAGAAUGGAGUAGAGAGUUGUACAUCAAUCCUAAUUCACAAGCUACUGCAGCUGGUGAUACACCAAGCGUGAAGAGGAAGUCAAGUGUGAAUGAAAAUGAUCUUCCUGACGAGAAAGAAAAUCCUGUAGAACUCAAGACAUAUGGUGGCAGCCAGGAAUCAUUGAAGUCUGGUACUUCAGCUUCAUCUAAUAUCCUCCCUGAUAACCCUGUGGAAUUUGAAUCACUUAAACAAAUGAAAGGUUUGAUGGAAGAGGGUAUUGCAAAGUUCAACAAAAACCCAAAGAAAGGUGUCAAGUUUCUCCAGGAAAAUGGACUCCUUGGGAUGUCUGCAGAUGACGUUGCAGAAUUUCUUCAUACGGAYGAACGUCUUGAUAAAACUCAAAUUGGUGAAGUUUUGGGAGAUAAUGAUGAUUUCAGUAAAGAUGUCAUGUAYCGWUACAUUGACAAAAUCGACUUUACCGACAUGGAUUUUGUCAAAGGACUWCGUGUGUUCCUCAACAAUUUCCGACUACCUGGAGAAGCUCAGAAAAUUGAUAGAUUGAUGGAAAARUUUGCUAGCAGAUACCUUGAAACUAACCCAAGUAAUUGCGUGUUUGCAAGCGCAGAUGCAGCAUACGUGUUAGCCUACUCUAUUAUCAUGUUGACUACUGACUUACACAACUCACAGGUUAAAAGAAAGAUCACCAAGGAACAGUAUAUAUCAAUGAACAAAGGGAUUAAUGACAGUAAAGACUUGCCGCAGGAAUACCUUGAAGGAAUCUACGAUGAAAUCUUGCAAAAUGAAAUUAAGAUGCGAAACCCACCUAAAGCUAGCAACAAUAGAUAUAAUACCAUUUAUCUUCAAAACGAGAAACAUCGUCGCGUCCUGUACUAUCAAGAGAUGGAACAAAUGGCUCAAACUGCCAAAUCACUGAUUGAAGGAGUCAGCCAUGUCCAAACCACAUUUACAAGCGCAACACACGUUGAACACGUUCGACCCAUGUUUAAGGUUACCUGGACACCUUUCCUGGCAGCUUUUAGUGUGAACUUACAACACUGUGAUGAGCCACAAGUACCGUCUUUGUGUCUGGAUGGCAUUCGCUGUGCUAUUCGCAUUGCAUGUAUAUUUGGAAUGCAGUUGGAGCGUGAYAGCUUUGUGCAAGCUUUGUCGAGGUUCACGUUACUUACUGCAUCUGGUCUUCACGAGAUGAAAUCUAAGAAUAUCGACACCAUUAAAACAUUGAUAACUGUCGCACAGACGGAUGGUAACUAUCUGGGCCACUCGUGGCACGAGAUUUUGAAAUGUAUCUCACAACUUGAAYUGGCCCAAAUGAUUGGYACUGGUGUGAAAACCAGCUCAUUGCCAACAUCAAUGAACGCCACACAAUCUGGAGGAUACCCUUGGGCAGGAAACACCGCUGCACACCGCUUGUCUACUCCAUCCCAGGAAUACGUCACUGAYCCWAAGAAAUUAGCGGGAAUACAAGAGACUGUCGGYGAAACAAGCUCUCAAAGUGUUGUUGUCGCUGUGGAUAGGGUGUUUACUGGUUCAACCAAGCUGGACGGUGAAGCUAUCGUUGAUUUUGUGAAAGCCCUUUGCAUGGUGUCUUCUGAAGAACUGUCCAAUCACAAUCACCCAAGGAUGUUUAGUUUGACCAAAAUGGUGGAGAUUUCUUACUACAAUAUGGGCCGUAUUCGUAUUGAAUGGUCCCAUAUUUGGGCGGUGCUGGGAGAGCACUUCAAUAAGUGUGGCUGUAAUCCAAACGAGGACGUAGCUUUCUUCUGCGUCGAUUCAUUGCGACAAUUAUCCAUGAAAUUUCUCGAGAAGGGCGAGUUGCCCAACUUUAGAUUCCAAAAAGACUUCUUACGUCCAUUUGAACACAUCAUGAAGAAAAACAGGUCUGCCACUAUACGUGACAUGGUUGUCCGCUGUGUUGCCCAGAUGGUUCAUUCGCAGGCUCAUAACAUCAAAUCUGGUUGGAAAAACGUGUUUUCGGUGUUUCAUUUAGCAGCUUCUGAUGUUGACGAGGGGAUUGUUGAAUUAGCAUUUCAGACUACAGCUACAAUAUUUGAAAAGUAUUUCUCCGCGACCAUCGAUUCCUUCCAAGACGCCGUCAAAUGUUUGUCAGAGUUUGCGUGUAAUGCGUCGUUUCCAGAUACUAGCAUGGAGGCUAUUAGACUAAUACGAAACUGUGGAAAAUACGUCUAUGAAAACCCUGAGAUGUUUAAGGAUCACAGUUCAGAAGACGGUGUCAUCUCCGAGGCCGACAGAGUCUGGGUCAAAGGAUGGUUUCCAGUUCUCUUUGAACUCUCGUGCAUUAUCAACCGUUGUAAACUGGAUGUAAGGACAAGGGGUCUAACGGUGAUGUUUGAAAUCAUGAAAAGCUAUGGUAACACUUUCCUGAAGAACUGGUGGCGUGACGUGUUUCGAGUUGUGUUUAGGAUAUUCGACAACAUGAAACUCCCUGAUCAACAGAUUGAUUGGUCUGAGAAGUCUGAAUGGAUGACUACCACGUGUAACCACGCCCUGUAUGCAGUAGUAGAYGUAUUCACGCAGUAUUUCGAGGAAUUAUCCGAUGUCUUGUURGACGACAUGUUUAGUCAUCUGCUUUGGUGUGUACAGCAAGAUAACGAACAACUCGCUCGAUCAGGAACAAAUUGUCUCGAAAAUCUCGUGGUAUCGAACGGAGAAAAAUUCUCGAAUGAAAUGUGGGAAAAAACCUGUAAAUGCAUUGAAGAUAUCUUCUCGUCAACGUUACCGGAACAACUGUUAACYUGGAGAACUGAUAUACAUGCUAUGCCUCUGCCUACCCCUGAAGGGACGCCUGCACACAGCCCCACACAGAAAUCUGUAGAUAUGGAGUUUAGGCCAGAACACGAUAUMGUACCACGUCUACCUAAUGAUGACGAGCCUCACGAAGACAGUGAACGAGAUGAUAUCAGUGUCAGUAGCUURCCGAUCGUCAAGUUUGAACCUUCUGAUAAUACCAAUACACAAAAAACAACGUCAGAACAACUGUUCACGUGUCUUCUCAUCAAGUGUGUCGUCCAGUUGGAACUUAUCCAAACCAUCGAUAAUGUCGUGUUCUUCCCUGCCACAAGUAGAAAAGAAGAUGCGGAGAACUGGGCAGCUGCUAAGAAUGACGACGUGAACCAGGGUUCCGAUAUUCCCUCUGAUGUUGGAAUGUWYCAGUUUCUCAGCUCAAAGCAGCUUUUCUCAUUUGUAAAAUGUUUAGAGGAUUCUCAUCRAUUUGCUAGGAGUUUUAAUUCAAACGAUGAACAACGAACGUUUCUUAUGAAAGCAGGUUUUAAAGGAAAGUCAAAGCCUAACCUAUUAAAACAAGAGACGUCGAGUCUAGCUUGUCUUCUUAGGAUAUUAUUUCGUAUGUACAUGGAUGACAGCAGGACGGAUGCAUGGCAAGAAGUGGAAACCCUUAUACUAAGAAUCUGUCGUGAAUCUCUUGUAUAUUAUUUGUCUCUUGAAUCACCAAGUCACCGUGAAGCAUGGAGUUCUCUUUUAUUACUCUUCUUAAACCGAACAUUAAGACUGGACGAUCUCAGGUUCAAGGUUCAUUUGAGGGCAUACUAUCCAUUGCUAUGUGAUCUCAUGYUAUUGGACAUGAAGAUUGAACUCAGAGCCGUUCUUCGUAGAAUGUUUCAAAGAAUACAAGGAGUUUUUAAAAUCUGCGAGGUGGAAUAAUCAACUUAACUCCGUGGAUAAUAAACUGUAAUGGGAUUGGAUAGCACUAACAACCAAUCAAGAUAUUCAUCCAGUCCUUACCAAGUGACGUAGACGUUACCAAGUGACGUAAAGGCGCGGUCCUAAAUCUGCAUGUUGACUACCCCACAGGGUUUUGAUAAAACCAAUAGAAGCUUCAGUAACAUCACGUAAUGUCACACGAAUACGAAUUGUCUAGGAAAUAUAUGAAGGAAAWGAAAUUCAAUUUUAUUAAUAGCCCAGUAUUUGAAGUCGUUCGUCGUAUUGCAAGACAUCAUGGGAGGUCUUCURCAUACCAUGAUGCCUUGMGAAACAAGUACAUGUCAUUAUCAAUAUGGCUGUUUCGAUGGAAUAAUGCAAAACCUCUUUACUUCUCUCGCCUCAAUACCUUAUAAAACAAUAUUCAAGUAAUCAGAAAUUAAACAUGUAGGAAUUAAGUCAGAAUCAGAUCAGUCUGGGAUUAAGUGCAGAUUUAUAGAAAUAAAAAUGGAAAUGCAACCAUCCACUUGGCCUCAACAGUGUUGACCUCUGAACAUAACCUCUGUAACAAAUCCAUUACGUAGUUCUCCUAUGGCGCGCAAACAAUCGAAGUACCUAAGACCUGUCAUUGUAUGUAACGGCUGUUACUUAACGCACUCAAAAUAAUAAUCGUACAGCGCAACUGAAAUUAGAAUAAAAUUAUUCAAAACUGGA